AUGGCUGCUGACCGUGCUCCUCCUCUCCGCCUGGGCUCCGUUGCCCCUAACUUCGAUGCCGAUACCUCCAACGGUCCCAUCAACUUCCACAACUUCAUCGGUGACAAGUGGACCAUCCUCUUCUCCCACCCCGAUGACUUCACCCCCAUCUGUACCACCGAGCUGGGUGCUUUCGCCAAGCUCGAGCCCGAGUUCACUGCUCGUGGCGUCCAGCUGAUCGGUCUCUCCGCCAACGGCACCGAGUCCCACCACCGCUGGAUCAAGGAUAUCGAUGAGGUCUCUGGCUCCCAGCUGAAGUUCCCCAUCAUCUCCGACCCUGAGCGCAAGGUCGCCUACCAGUACGACAUGGUCGACUACCAGGACACCACCAACGUCGACUCCAAGGGUCUGGCUCUGACCAUCCGCUCCGUCUUCAUCAUCGACCCCUCCAAGAAGAUCCGCCUCAUCUUGACCUACCCCGCCUCCACCGGCCGUAACACCGCCGAGGUCCUCCGUGUUGUUGACGCUCUCCAGCUCACCGACAAGAAGGGUGUCACCACCCCCAUCAACUGGCUCCCCGGUGAUGACGUUGUCAUCCCUCCCCCCGUCUCCACCGAGGAUGCCCAGAAGAAGUUCGGCGAGGUUCGCAUUGUCAAGCCUUACCUCCGCUUCACCAAGGACCCCAGCCAGCAUCAAGCCUGGGGGGGCUUCCUCGAUGCGGGCCGCGACGAAUCUGCGUCCGGGGUGUCCCCGUCUCAAAGCCAACAGGCUUCCUCCGGCCCGAUCAAUCUUUCCGGACUGGUCUGCAAUGUUCGCCGCACAACUGGCAAAGAGCCUCACCCCCUAGUUGGCGCAACCACCACCAUUCUCGGCGACAAGUUAUAUGUCUUUGGAGGCCGAGUCCUCUCGCGCAGUCGCCCUCAGCUGACGGCCGAUCUCUACGAAUUGGAUCUCAUCCGUCGCCACUGGACCAAGAUCGAUGCUGGCGGCGACAUUCCGCCCCCACGCUAUUUCCACAGCGUGUGUGCUCUGGGUGAUAACAAGUUGGUGGCAUAUGGUGGCAUGUCUCCGGCCCCGGGAACCCCUCGCGACCCUUCCAAUCCGGGUGCCGGCGCGGAGACGCAAUCGGAAGUUGUUGUCAUGUCAGAUAUCCAUAUCUUCGAUGUGCCCUCUCGGAGAUGGACUCGCGUUGCGGCUCACGAGUCGCCGCAGGGGAGAUAUGCUCACUGCGCGACAAUCAUGCCUUCUAGUGCGAGCUUCACCUCGGCCAGUGCGCCGCUUUCUGCGAUUCACCACAACCCAGAAUCCAACACACCCCAUCAAGGCUCCCUUGGUGUGGAUAUCGAUGGCUUCGGAGGCGCCGAGAUGGUGGUCGUUGGUGGCCAAGACAGCUCUAACCAUUACAUUGAGCAGAUUAGCGUCUUCAACCUUCGCAGUCUGAAAUGGACCAAUACCAGCCCCCUCGGACGCAGUUGUGGUGCCUAUCGCAGUGUCGUUACUCCGCUGGUCGGCAUGGACGUUUCGGAAAUUGGAGCCGCUGCCCCAGAUAGGGAGUCGCAUGAGCCGAUUGAAAAUAGUGACGAGCCUGGCUGUCCAAUGUUGAUCUACUCGAAUUAUAACUUCCUCGAUGUCAAGCUGGAGUUGCAGGUGCGCCUGCCGGAUGGGCGUCUUGUCGAGCGACCGAUGCAGAGUCAGGCGUCUCCCCCAGGCCUGCGUUUUCCCAAUGGUGGUAUCAUAAAUGGCCAUUUCGUGGUCAGUGGUACAUAUCUCACAUCCUCCAAACAGGAAUAUGCGCUCUGGGCUCUGGACCUGAAGACUUUGACAUGGGGCCGGAUUGAUGCUGGAGGGUCGGUCUUUGGCCAGGGCAGUUGGAACCGCGGUAUUCUUUGGCCGCGUCGCAGCACUUUUGUCAUUCUUGGACAUCGCAAGCGCAGCUUGGUGGAUGACUACAACCACCGUCGUAUCAACUUCUCCCACGUUUGCAUGGUUGAAUUGGAAGCUUUUGGCCUUUACAACAACCCAUCGCGCACCGCCCCUACAUCUGGAUAUAAAUCAUACAGCUCGCCCUCGGUCCCUGCUUCUCUACAACAGAAGCUGGCGCAACUGACGACAAGUCGCCCUCUCUCUGCUGCAUCCGAUGAACUUGGCAAGAUCGCGCUAUCUCUCCACGAAAUGUCCGACAUGGAACUCCAAGCUGUCGGCGGAGAACGUAUCCCCGUCAACUCCCGUGUUCUCGCCCGAAGAUGGGGACCCUACUUCAUCCAGCUAUUGCGCGAGUCAUCUGAAGAGGACGUUGCAGGCGGAGCCACCCUCCGCCCAGCCCAGACGCACCCAAGCCGCAACUCGAGCAUCACGAUCACUCCAUCUAUCGGUCAGAACAGCAGCUACUCCAACGCAACGACCCUUAUCAACCCGUCGGUGCCAUCCAAAGCACUUUUGGAAAACCUCGAAGCCCCCUCCGCCCACAGCCUGACUCCUACAUCCCGCCCCCGCGUCCUCUAUCUCCCACACACAAUUCUCACCCUCCAAGUCCUCGUCCAAUACCUCUACACCUCCGCAAUCCCCCCACCAGGCGCAUCCCUCUGCACCCCCCAAAUCCUCUGCUCCCUCCUCCAACUCGCCCGCCCCUACCAAAUCAACGGCCUCCUCGAAGCAACAGUCGAACGCCUCCACCAAGUCCUCGACGGCCGCAACGCAGCAGCAGUCUUCAAUGCCGCAGCCAUGGCCGCCGGCGGCGGCCGCGGCACAGGCUUCACCUCCGGUCUUGGCGGAACAUUGGAAGCCCUAAACGGCGUCCAAGGACGCAACGGCUCAAUCGCCGUAUCAGAGACAACGCAUUCGCAAAACAGCGUCCUACACGCCUCAGACUCAUCCGAUACCGAACACGGCGGAGGCGCACAUUCCAUCUCAGCCUCCAGCAGCACAAACGACCUCGCUAACUUCGCCCGCGGCAUCCCCUCGCUCCGCAUCGACACGAAUAUCUCGCAGUCCUCGCAGUCGCAGCAGCAGCGGCGUGGUCGCUCGCGCGGUGAUCGCGAUGACUCGAUUAGUAACCCCAGCACGGCGACGUCUGCGUCCAGUGCUAGUCACUCGCAGUCUGAUUCGGAGUUUGUGAGUGAUAGUGAGAGUCGGUCUGCGUCGAGGUCGCAUCAUCGUCGUGAUACGGAUAUUCGGCCUGGGAGGGAGAUUUGGACCGGUGAUUUGAGUUCUGUUAUUGGGUUGCAGAAGCGUGGGUUGCGAGGCUUGAUGGAGGGGCGAAGAAUGCGCGAGCGUUCGGUCAAACCUCCUUCUACGAGUAGUGGAUCUACAUCUGUGCCGCAGAGUGCUGGGUCUGGAUCUGUUGAGGUUCAUCAGUUGCCUAUGCAAGGUGUUGCGGGAUGA